AUGGAUGUAGCUUUUUUGUUGAACUAUUUCACAACAGCUUUUGGAUUCCUUGUUGCUUAUUGUACCUACAAAGACUUCACAUCAUUCGAAGAUUCAAAAUCCAAAAAGUUUCAUUCAAUUUUCUCAAUCUACACCAAUGGAAAAUCAUUAAUUAAUCUCAAGCAGCCUGACAAUGCCAUCACAUGCAUCAAUGGACUAAAAGCUCUAUCCAUGCCACUCAUAAUUCUAUUCCAUUCAUUUCAAGUCACAGUAUUUGAGACUGAAGAGCUACGAGUUCAGUAUGAUGACAUAAAGUUCAGAUUGCUGUUGACAGCAGCAGUUCUACCAACAGAGACGUUUUUUGUGCUUAGUGGAUUUUUAUCAGUUAAAAGCUUUCUUUAUGAUGACAAUUCAAUCUUCAAGCUUCUCAAGAGCUUUUAUUACCGGUACAUCCGAAUCACACCAUCAGCAAUAUUUUUGAUGCUGAUCUUAAUUUCUAUCAAGGAUUUUAAUGGACUAAGUAGAAUUUUUGAAUCUGAGAACCAAAACUGUAAAGAUUAUUGGUGGUCGAUGCUGUUAUAUGCACAGACAUACGUCAACCCUAAUCAAAUGUGUAUUGGACCUCUUUGGUACGUAACUGUGUUAAUGCAUUUGUUCCUAGUAUCUCCAGUCAUUAUGUUCCUUUUAAAGUCUCGUGCAAAAAAUGUAAGACUAGCUAUAAUGGGAGUUUUUCUUGUCUUGACUUAUGUUCCGGGGAUAAUCGAGUUUCUGGAAGUCGGAAGUGUAAAGCUCACCACUUUUUAUGUAGACACACUGACAAGAUCUUAUCCAUAUUUAUUUGGAAUGUUUUACUUUUAUGAAUUUUUUAAGGUCAAGGAAGUUUCUGAGUUCGGAAAGCGUUAUUUAUGGGCAAUAACUCUCCUGACUGGCUUUAUCACUGCUAUUAUAAUUUUUGCAAAAUCACUCAAAACCGUUCAGCUAUUCAACCUGUUUCUAAUUGCUAGGAUUUUAUGGCCUAUUGUAAUUUGCUGGAUCAUCCAUGCUUGUCAUAUUGGAUGUGCUGAAAUGAUCAAUGACAUUUUAUCAUUUAAGUAUUUUAUUCCUCUGUCAAAUCUUAGUUUGGGAAUUUAUUUAGUAAACGAUCAUGUUGGGCACUAUAUUUUGUAUGAUGUGUUGUCUAGUAUGGAACAUUUUGGAUUUCCUAUGAAAGCUCCUGACAAUGCCAUCACGUGCAUCAAUGGAAUGAAAGCUUUGUCCAUGCCACUCAUUGUCUUCUUCCACACAAUGCAGAUUACAAUGUUUGAGACUGGAGUUUUAUCAAAUGUAGAAUAUCAAUUUAUUAAGUACAGGCUGUUGCUUACCACAGCUAUUCUACCAACAGAGACGUUCUUUGUGCUUAGUGGAUUUUUGUCAGUUAAAGGAUUCCUUCAGAAUGAAAAUUCAGUCUUCAAGCUGCUGAAGAACUUCUAUUACCGCUACAUCCGAUUCACACCACCAGCAGCAUACUUUAUGCUGAUCUUGCUAUCAAUUAAGGAUUUUAGUGGAUUAAAUGGAAUUUUUCCAGCAGAAUAUCAAAAUUGCAGAACUUAUUGGUGGUCAAUGCUGUUAUAUACACAGACAUACGUCAAUCCUGAUCAUAUGUGCAUUGGCCCAUUGUGGUUUGCGUCAGUCUCAUGGCACUUAUUCCUAAUAUCGCCAUUAAUUUUACUGCUUUUGAAGCCUCGUGACCGUAAAAUUAGGCUCAUGGUAAUGGGAAUUAUUUUAUUUACAACUCACAUUCCAGGAAUCGUGAAGUACAUCGAAGUUGGAGAGCUUGUCAACACGAUCCAGAGCUAUCUUUAUGUGGAAACUUUGACACGAUCUUAUCCUUAUUUGUUUGGAAUGUUUUAUUAUUACGAGUUCUACAAGAUUAAGGAUGUGUCUAGGUCAACUAAACUGUACUUAUGGACCAUAACCUUCCUCACCUUCAUCUUUGCAUUGAUUAUCUCAAUCAACAAUCCAAUGCCAAUGGAACCGACUAGCGUCCUUUUUCUAGUCACAAGAAUUUUAUGGCCAUUAGCUCUUUGUUGGAUUAUUCAUGCUAGUCAAUUAGGAUGCGGUGGAAUUGUCAAUAAAAUUUUGUCAUUCAAAUAUUUCAUUCCAUUAUCGAGUCUUAGUUUGGGGAUUUACUUCUUAAAUGAUCAUAUUGGACAUUACAUUAUGAAUGAUGUUCUUAAAAGUGUUGAGAAUGAAGGAUUUAAAACUAAAGUUGUGGCUUUAAGCUCAUCAACAUACAUCCUAGCUACAUUUUGUGGUGCCUUACUGUAUUUAUGUAUUGAAGUUCCGUUCUAUAAACUAGCUAGAUUUAAUAUAAGAUCUCAAUUUUGUGUGUCAAAAAAUCCAAAAGUAUUUGAUGAUAAAAUUUAA